CUGCUAAUUGACCAGGUGGCUCUACUUUGUGGCGGUGCUUCCUCACUGUAGUUAGGUAAUGUGUUACCAGACUGGGCAACCCCGCAUUCAUUCAAUCCAACCCCGCCAACCUGAAGGAAGUUUAGGUAGCGACCUUCAGUUGAGGGCCGCCUACAGGCACCCAACCUAUCAGAAUAUUCUAUAGGGACCUAGGUAGUAAUUAGACAAUAUAUGAGGUAAUGAUAUAAAAUGCAGACAUUGUCCAAUUUACAUAACUCAAUCACUUAAAAUAUAUCCAUAAUCACGUUGACGUACGAGGUGGUGCUUCGGGAGUCAAAGACAGAGCUCCAGCAUCCGAAAGUGACAAUGUCGUCGACAACGCUUGUGAGAGGACAGGGUACCAAGAUCUUGCUCCUGAACCCCAACUCAUCCUCAGCUAUGACAGAUGGGAUGAAAACAGUCCUCCGAGACAUUGACCUCCCAUCUUCAACUGAAGUGUACACGUACACAGGUCCCUCAGGGUGCCCGGCCAGCAUCAACGACGGCCACGACAUCCAGCAGAGCACAGAUGCCGUCCUCGCCGACUUCGACGCCGUCGGCUCAUAUCACGGCAUACUGGUAGCCUGCUUCAGCGUGCACCCUUUAGUACCCAAGCUCCAGUCCGUAAGCGGACCUCACGGUGCUGUCACAGGGAUCUUCGAGGCCAGCGUUCUCGCCGCCAUAACCCUGCUCGGGCCUGGCCAGAAAUGGGGAAUCGUCACCACGGGGAAGUUUUGGGAAGACCACUUAUCCGACGGUGUCAAGGCCUUCUUGGGAGCAAACCCGAAAGACGAUAACGCCAAAUUUGCGGGUGUACAGUCCACGGGACUGAAUGCAGGGGACUUCCAUCAUGGAAUUGACCCCGCUGUGAUUCGAGAGAAGCUGAAGAAGGCGACGAAGCGCCUGUUAGACACAGGUGACAUCCACGUUAUUGUUAUGGGAUGUGCGGGAAUGGCGGGGCUAGAGGCCAUUAUUCGAGAAGCUGCCCAGGAGGAGCGUGACGAGGAGUUUGCGUAUUCUACGCUUCAUGUCAUUGAUGGUGUCAGAGCUGGAGUCAUGCAGAUAGAUCACAUGAUAAGGCAUCAACGGUUACGUCCAGGAAAAGCGUGAAAAGAGCGGAAGAAUCGUAUAUGUACAUGAUCAAAAUGUUUUUAUAAACCCUCGAGUGAUUGACUGCAAGUCAAAAACAAUUUCUGUAACUCUAGAUGUAAUAUAGAUAGCACUAUCAAGGCACCAGUGGAUC